AUGUUCACAUCACAUAAACCCUAUGAGCUUGUGGAUAUUAAGAAAGUUGUUAGCAUCGGUUGCGACUGGCAUUUGCUUUUGACCUUUACUGUUAAGGAAGCCGAUGCUAACACCGAUGUUGGGGAAGGUGACGAGCCCUUCGACUACGGGCUUGUGGACGAUCAAAUCUAUGGGCUAAUCGAUUAUGAUCUUCCCGAUCCAAAUGACGUAGAGAUAGACUAUGACAAUGACGAUGACAGUUUGUUUAACUAUUGCGGCAAAGGCGACGGUGAUGGUGACGUUGAGGGUGCUUUGAAAACCUAUCAAGCUACCGAGUAUGCGUCCCCGUUGAAGAAAAUCAUUAGUAGCAACUUUGAGCUUCAUUACGAAAUUAUAGAGGUGGUAGAGAAACCAAUUUUAGCCCCUCCCCCAUGA